GCUAGUCGGAACCCCUAUCGGUAACCAAGACGUCAUGAAAACAACCUCAAUGGCGGAUCAGUAAUCUCUAUACAUUACGCACAGUACGGCUGCUAAAUCAAAACAUCAUGGCAGAUCAAGAACAGAAAACAGAGACAGUUGAGGAGAAACCCGCAGAGGAACAAACUCCCGCCCCCACCACUGAGAGCUCGGAGGAAACUAAGGCGGCAGCACCAGAAACUCAGCCACCAGCAGAAAUUGCUGCCCCACCCGCUGCUAUGCCAGAGGCCUCGGAGAAAGUGGAACCAGUGUCUGUAACUGGUCAGGAAACAAUAGCUGCACCUCCUGCAGAUGAACCAAAAGAGUCAACAGAAAACAAGGAAGAAUCCAAAGAGGAAGCAAAAGAGGAGACAAAAGUAAAAGAGGAGACAAAAGAGGAAGUAAAAGAGGAGACAAAAGAAGAAGUAAAAGAGGAGACCAAAGAGGAAGUUCCUCAAGAGAAACCAGAAGAGACAGCAGAAACUAAAGAGGAGCCCAAAGAUGCUGUGCCUGAGGAAGCUAAGCCUGAAGAAGCUAAACCUGAGGAGAAGCCUGCAGAGGAAACCCCUGCAAAGGAACCCGAGGAAACAGAAGAAAAGGAGCAGGCCAGGGAAGAUACCAUACAGCCUGCUCCUGCCCCCACCCCCCAACCCACACAGACCACAGGGAUGGGCACGGUGGAGACCGGGGAAAUACACGAGACUGACCCUCAUGCUACCACUCCUAGGACAACAGCCAAUCUUGAGGCUACUGCCACAGUGAAGAUUGUGUUGAUGCCCAGUGGUCAAGUCGUGACCUUGGCAUGUACCCUGGGUCAGACUCUACAACAGCUCAAGGACCACUUCUCACAGGAACUCAAGAUGCCUGGCAACCUCAUCCUCAUGAUGUUUGAUGGUAAAUCAGUGGAUGAAAACACAACCCUGGCAGAUUUAGGGGUAGGGCCGAAUGGAACCAUCCAGCUAGAGAUGCAGUCAGCUGAUCCAGUGAACACCCCCAUCAAGACGUACCGGCCGCGACAGGAGUACCACAUGCCUGACGUCAUCACAGUCCGCGUACAGACAGAUGAAAACCAGUCUAAAGAUGUGGUAGUGGAAAUUGAGAGAGCCACCAGAAAGAAACCAUAUUUAGGUGGUUACCGCCACAAGAAGACUGGGGUCCUGUAUCACCAUGCUACAGCCCAGACUGUCAAAAAACAGCCCCCACCCUCCCAAAUCCCUAAGAACUGUCGAGACACACAGACCGUUCAACAGAAGCACCGUGUUCAACAGACCACAAAUGACACUUCCACUCAGAUGACAGGGAUAAAUGUAUUUGUGUCCAACAUGGAGGACAAACUCAUUGUGCCUGGGAAAUAUACUACUGCAGAUGAGCAUCAUUCAAUGAUUCUUAGAAAGGUCAUCAUAAUUCAAAAAUAUCAUCGGAGGUGGUUAGCAAAACGAUAUGUGGAGAAAUUAAAAGAAGACAAAAUUCAACGCCUUGAAUGGGAAAGACAAGAGGAACUCAAGAAGAAGAAAGAGAAGGAGGAGAGGAUCAAGAAAGAGUUUGAGAGGAGGAUGAACCCCAAAACAAAGGAGGACUUCGAUUUGUUAUAUCAUGCACUAGAAAAAUGGAGACAGGAAGAGUUGGAGAGGAUAAAUGGAACCUCCGAUGGAGCAGAGCGUAAGGCCGCUCUGUGCAUGUUGUUGGAUCAGGAGACCCAGCUCAUCUCUGCUAUUGGUCGACACAAACUGGAGGCUGAUACCGAGAACAAAGAUAAACGCAUUCAGGCCUUCCUUAACAAGGCUGCUGCCCCAAAGAAGUGGAAGGGGCAUGAUGGGAAGACGACCGAGAUGGACACCCCGUACACGAUCCGAGCCAAGGAGUUGCGGGACAUCUACAACAGUAUCAACAUGAAGUACCUGACUCAGGAUGAGAGGCUCGAUGUCCUGUUGACACUCAAACACACAGUGAAGGAACAUGACUGUAAACUCACUCAGGAAAUCAUUGAGUUGAUUGACAGAGAGGCAGAUCUUUUGAUGAGAGGGGUCAGAGAGGGAAAUCUAGACGGCCUUAGGAAAAGAAUAUCCACCCUGUUCUUGCAGUACAUCAAGACACCUACAUUUAACCCAGAAGCUGCCAAACUGCUCAAGGUGCCUCAAGAUCCCUCAGCCCUCCGCAAGAACAUCUACUUCUGCCCCAGCUGCAACCAGUACCUGCCUUCUACCGAGUUUGCUCUGUCCUCCAACUCCCGAACCGUCGGCAAGUGCCACAAAUGUACGAAGAUCGACAACGAUGCUAGAACCAGGCAGGACUACAGCACGUACACCUACAUGCUCAAGAUGCUGCGACGAUCCGAGGAGAGACACGGGGAUGGAUCCAGGAUUGCAUUCCUCCUACAGGAACAGGAUCUGCGGUACCUGGUUGAGAAGAUCUGGAGCCGCCAGAGCAUUCUGAGUGCGUGGGAGGACAUCUUCGACCUGGUUCUGUCUCGCUGGGACAAGCACCAGGAAUGGUCUCCUUGGAACUGUAUCCUGCUGACCAAGGACGAGGCUGCUGCCCACGACAGACUUGUCGACUUGGAGGAGGGUUACGGUCAAGUCUUCAUCCAGAAGGUUCAACAGAAACACGUGCUAGCUAGGAACUAUUUCUCUCGACUGCCAGGAAUGGCCGAACAUUUGCGAGUCAUGGCUAACGAUCGUUACACACAACCCAAUGGGCCAGCCAUUAACGGUCAACAGGUUCCUGUGCAGUCAAAAGCUUAAAAGCCGUUAAUUUAUUUAGAACUAACUCUGAUUAUUCAAUCAAUGGAGAAAUUUUCUCAAAUUUUGAAAAAUUCUGAAUACUUUGAGAAGUUUAUUUGUUGGAAACAAAAGUUCUGUGAUAUUUUUGAAUUACAAAUGAGUUGUGUACACUGUAUUUAAAUAUCAUGUAUAGAUUUUAUCUUAAUUGAAAAAAUUAAUUGAUGUUAUGUACAUAAACACAUUUAUGUAAAUAUAAAUUAUACAACAAAAUGCAUGA